GGGCGGCGAGGUGCGCGUUCCCGGGAGAGGGGCGGAGCUGGGAGAUGGCGUCCGGAGGGGCUCGCUGGCUGCUUUUGGCACCCCUCCGAUUCGGGGCCCUUCGUAGCGGGCCGAGGUUGAGGAAAGGUGGCGAUGUCCCCGCCGUACGGGACGGCUCAAGUCGCAGCCUGGUACCGUCGAGGUCAGUCAUCGUUACCCGCAGCGGCGCCAUUUUGCCCAAACCGGUGAAAAUGUCCUUCGGUCUUCUCCGCGUGUUCUCCAUUGUGAUCCCCUUCCUCUAUGUCGGGACACUCAUUAGCAAGAAUUUUGCUGCUCUACUCGAGGAGCAUGACAUUUUUGUCCCAGAGGAUGAUGAUGAUGAUGACUAACAGGAUGAGAAGUAGAGGAGAAAGCAGCAGCUGUGAAAAUGACAAUGCUCUUGGCCACUCCUUCCCUUUCAGCUGAAGGGCUCUGGAAAGCCCUUAGCCCACCUCCUGCAUAGUCUGUGAUUGCAGCCCAGAUCCCCAGGCUCUGGAAGGUUCCCUAAGGUGUAUUGUCCACUGUGCACUGGGAGAAAAGUCAAAUUAUGAGUCACACAAUAAAUGUCAGCUAUAUGAGACUAAAA